AUGACUUCGGUAGCAAAUGCUGGAUCUGGUGUGGCUUCCACUUAUCCGAUGGCUUCACUUUAUGUUGGAGAUCUUCAUCCUGAUGUCACUGAAGCGAUGUUAUUCGAAAAGUUCAGUACUGCUGGACCUGUAUUAUCGAUUCGAGUUUGUCGUGAUGCCAUCACACGGCGUUCAUUGGGUUAUGCAUACGUCAAUUUUCAACAACCAGCAGAUGCUGAACGUGCAUUGGACACCAUGAACUUCGAUGUCAUGUAUGGCAAACCUAUUCGUAUAAUGUGGUCGCAGCGUGACCCUUCAAUGCGUCGAUCUGGAGCUGGAAAUAUUUUCAUCAAAAAUUUGGAUAAAAGUAUUGAUAACAAGGCGAUAUAUGAUACUUUCUCAAUGUUUGGAAAUAUCCUUAGCUGUAAAGUGGCUAAUGACGAAGAUUCGAACAGCAAAGGUUAUGGAUUUGUACACUUUGAAACUGAAGAAGAUGCCCAAAAAGCCAUUGACAAAGUCAACGGAAUGCUUCUUGAAGGCAAAAAAGUAUUUGUUGGGAAAUUUCAACCUCGUGCUGCUCGCAUGCGUGAAAUGGGUGAAACUGCCAGACGUUUUACAAAUGUAUUCGUCAAAAAUUUUGCGGAUGAACUAGACAAGGAAAAACUGGAGAAUUUAUUCUUGAAAUUCGGCAAAAUAACUAGUGCUGCAGUUAUGAUUGAUGCAGACGGCAAGUCGAAAGGAUUUGGAUUCGUUGCCUUUGAAAAUCCAGAAGAGGCAGAAAAAGCUGUGAGCGAGAUGCAUGAAUAUGAAUUACCUGGAACGGAUCGUAAACUGUAUGUCUGCCGCGCCCAGAAAAAAAAUGAACGUUCCGCUGAACUGAAACGCAGAUACGAGGCUCAAAAAGUUGAACGAAUGCAAAGAUAUCAAGGAGUUAAUUUAUAUGUGAAAAAUUUGGAUGACUCUGUUGACGAUGAUAUACUGAGACAAAAUUUUGAAGCAUUUGGGAAGAUUACAUCAGCCAAGGUAAUGUGUGACGACAAUGGACGUUCUAAAGGAUUUGGUUUUGUAUGCUUUGAGAAGCCGGAUGAAGCCACGAAAGCAGUAACAGAUAUGUCUGGUAAAAUGUUAUGCUCAAAACCACUUUAUGUUGCACUUGCUCAACGUAAGGAAGAUCGAAAAGCACAGCUGGCAUCACAGUAUAUGAAUCGCCUAGCCCAACUACGUAUGCACAAUGCUAAUGCUAUUACCGGAACGAUGUAUACUCCGGGAAAUGCAGGAUAUUUUGUUUCAUCUGCAAUACAAGGUCAACGUGCUCCAACAUUCAUGCCAGCUGCUAUUCCUGGUGCACAAAUACGUGGAUCUGCACCGCGUUGGAGUGCGAUUAAUGCUUCAGCUACUGGAUAUGGAGUCCAAUCACCAUAUGUGGUACAAAACAGUGCAUAUGCACAAGCAGGCCGUGGUGGUGGUCGUCCAACUACCGGCGUCGGAACUACUGCAGCCAUACGUGCCCAGACCGGACAGUUCGCUGGACAAACACAGCCAGCUCAAAAUCGUGGUGCACAAGCUCAAAGAAUGAAUAAUGCGAUUGUUCAGGGGCAACUAGGAGGAGCUCGUCAAGCUCAAGCUGGUAAACCAACGCAUGCUACACAACAGUUGAUAUAUGCAAACUAUAGUGAAGUAACUAGUCGUGGAGGGCAGAUUACAUCUCAACAGCCUGGAAUUGCGAUGCCUGGCCAAGAUAUUCUCACAACUGAAUUCUUGGCUGAUGCAUCACCUCAGCAACAGAAACAAAUUUUGGGUGAGCGUAUAUAUCCACUGAUCGAACGUAUUUAUCAUGGACCUGAUGUUGGCAAAAUUACUGGAAUGAUGUUAGAAAUGGAUAAUUCAGAACUGCUAAUGAUGCUUGAAAAUGAAGAAUUGCUGCAUUCGAAGGUAAAUGAAGCUGCUUCGGUUCUCGCUUCUUCGAAAGGUGAUGGGCGUUAG